UUCCUAUGUACGCACUCGCGUGCGUAUGAACAAUUUAUAAAUUGCAAAUUCCGAACCGCAAUUCUAACGCUCACGCGACGAGGAAAUGUGAGUAGCAAAAUUGCGAUUGAAACGCUAGAGGCAAUAAUUAUAUAAAUACAGUUAGAGAAGGGAAACGACACUUCUUAGGGACUAUAGAGUUUAGUAGGGCUUUGGCUGUCAUUCGAGAUGGUGUUUCCCGAAGAGCGAUACUAUAGACUCAAUCACAUUCUUCUAUCAGUGACUGGUCUUUGGCCGUAUGAUGAUAACAAAGUUAGACAAAUGCGAUUCAUACUUCUUCUGCUAAUAAUAAUGCUGAUUAUAAGUCCUCAGUUGCUGAAAUUAUUCAUUUCGGAAUACAAGCUCGAUACAUUUCUGAAGGUGUUAUCUCUGGAUAUUGUUAUGAUAAUAGUAACCAUAAAAUAUAUCACGUUUUAUGCUAUUGUAGAUAAUAUAAAAAUAUUUCGGCAGUAUAUUUCGGAAAGUUGGAGCAAUUUAAUUGACGAGCGAGAGAUCCAAAUAAUAUAUAAGCAAGGGAAGGCUGGAAAAAUAUCUACAAUAGUUUUAGCAACGUUGGUUUAUGUCAUAAUUCUUUUCUGCAUCUUUACGCAAUAUGUCCCCAAUAUAUUUGAUAUUAUAAAGCCAUUGAAUGUAUCUCGUCCGUGUCGAUAUUUCAUUCUAGCCGAAUAUUUUAUUGAUCAGCAAAAGUACUUUCAUAUUAUAGCAAUGAACAUAAACAUUGGAUUGCUUGCUUUAGGAACCAUUGGAUUAGCAACCGAAACAUUUGCAUUAGCGAAUGCAUUAUACGCUUUCGGUCUGUUUAAAAUAGCUAGUUACCGUAUGAAUGAUAUAUUAAAUGGAAAUCAUCUACAGAUAUCGGCCACCAAGAAAUAUGUAGCAUCUCGCGUCAAAAUAAUCGCUGCAGUAGACAUGCAUAGACGGGCAAUUCAAUAUUCUGAAUUGUUAAAAAACAGUUUUGGACCUACAUACUUGAUCUUAUUUAUGGGAGUAAUAUUUUCGACAAGUAUCAAUAUGUUUUACUUAUUUCGAAUAAUAACGACAAAACAAAACAGGCUAGAAAUUAUUGAACAUAGUUUGCUUAUAGUUAUGCACAUCAUAUCUUUGAUCGCAGCAAAUUAUGCCGGACAACAAUUUAUUAAUUACGACUCGCACGUAUAUCGAACGAUAUGUAACACGCAAUGGUAUAAUGCCCCCUUAAAAACGCAGAAAUUGAUACUUUUCUUGAUACAAAAAACUACAAAAUGUUACAAAGUUGACGCCGGUGGUAUGUUUAGUCCGAGCUUAGAAGGCUUAGCCACGGGUUUAAGUAUGUCUGUUUCUUAUUUUAUGGUAUUUUGUUCUAUGUAAGUAUAAGUCACACACAACAUACCGUUUUUGCUCCCUGAUCUUGGAGAUAUGUAAUAUACUAUUGCUAACAAAUACUAUAAUGAAUAAUAAUGAUGAACAAUAGAAAUAUUGAAAUGUAACCGAAGUACAAAUAAAUAAAUCUGUUUUA